AUGUCCGAUCAGACAGUCAAAGAAUCAGAAGAAAUAGAGAAGCAGUAUGUGCGGCAAUUUGUUCAACUAUCCAUCGAAAUAGAAGCUAAUCGGCGAGUGAAGGCCUUAAGAAGAGAACCGUAUCAAAACAAUCCUGCUGUCUCCUCACCCUCAAAUCCCUCAAAUCACUCCACCACAUUUUCAAAUAGUUACGAAGACCAACAAGAACCAAAUGACGCCAACUUAAAUAACUACAUCGAAUCCAUGGGGACAAUCAUCAAGAAUGAAGCUCUUCGUGGGUGUAAAAUGUAUCACAAUCUUGUUGUCUCUAGUAAAGCAAGUGUUUGUCUUGGAUUAAACUCUAUCAUCGAUAUUAAUAAUCUUCCUACUGAUCCGGAGGGAAAACGUCUGCAGAUCAACUCUCAUAAAAGAUAUAAGAUCGAUGGUUAUGAUAAAGUGUUGAAUCCUUUAAGAAGUAUAAAAACUGUAUAUGACAGUGAAAAGACCGAUGAUGUAAACAGUUAUAAUUUGUACAAGGAACUUCAACAAUAUAAGAUAAAGUACACAUCAGAUAGUCAUAGUGAUAUUGACUUUGGUAUUUUCUUGUUACUCCGUUUCCUGGAAACCAUUGAAAUGCAGCCACAUCUUUAUAAAAAAGAACUAAAUUGCUCUGAAUACGAAGAUGCAGAUAGGUUUUGGGUUGUGAUUAUGGAGCGUUUGUUCAGCAACACGGAGCUAAAUAUAACAUGGAAUGAUGCCCAUUUGACUAUAUCAGAUUUAUUUCCAAAAAGAACAGAUCUUAAAGAAAGAAAAAUAAACCCUUUUGAUUAUAUGGGUCCUUUCAAAGAUGAAUACGGACUGCCUGUUGUUGCAAGGUAUAAUAGUAACAGGUGUAAAGUAUUAUUAAAGAGCAAAGCUGCUAUCAACAAUUUCAUACAAAAUGGGUGUAUAAUUGAUUCUGUGGAUUCGCUCCAAUUUGAUGGUCUUUUCGUUUGCAUUAUCAACACCACUCUUGUCGAACCAGGUUUUUAUGUGAAUACCAAAUUACACGAUACAAAGGUCGACGAUUCACUUUGCCGUUUAGGUGAAUACAUUACUCUAGCUUCUCAUUUGCUCUGUUUUCGCGAUAGAUGUAUUGAAAUCUAUAAACAAUAUGACAAUCAUUUAAAAAACGGUCGUGCUAGCAGUGUCUCAGGCAAGAGAAACAACGAGCAUUUACUAAAAGAUGAUCUUGUGCAGAAGCAAAAUUUAAUUCGCGGAAAUUGGUACCCACCUCCUACUCGUACUACCCCACCUCCACCUCCACCUCCACCUAAAAACUUAUUUGGCAACUCUUGCAAGAAUUAUGGCGUCCUUUUUAAUCAAUGA